GCCGGGAGGCUGAGGAUGCGGAGCUGCGGGGCGGGGGUGGCGCGGGCGGUGCGGACACAUGGAGCUGGGUCCCGGGGCGCUGCUGGGGCGGAUCCUCCCCUCGUCGGAUUUGCUGUGGUCGCCAGGACCCCCCCAGAGCCAAGACCUUCUCCAGAAGGUGACCCUUACCCACCACCACCACCGAUGUCAGCCCUGGUCCCUGACACUCCCCCAGACACCCCUCCUGCCAUGAAGAAUGCCACUAGCUCUAAGCAGCUCCCACUGGAACCAGAGAGCCCCUCAGGGCAGGUCGGGCCUAAGCCAGCCCCCCCGCAGGAAGAGUCCCCUUCCUCUGAAGCAAAAAGCAGAGGACCCACCCCACCAGCCACAGGCCCACGAGAUGCCAGACCUCCUCGAAGGAGCAGCCAGCCAUCUCCAACAGCAGUGCCAGCCUCUGACAGCCCUCCCACCAAGCAAGAGGUGAAGAAGGCAGGAGAGAGACACAAGCUGGCAAAGGAGCGGCGAGAAGAGCGGGCCAAGUACCUGGCGGCCAAGAAGGCAGUGUGGCUGGAGAAGGAGGAGAAGGCCAAGGCACUGCGGGAGAAGCAACUCCAGGAGCGCCGCCGGCGGCUGGAGGAGCAACGGCUUAAAGCCGAGCAACGCCGCGCAGCCCUGGAGGAACGGCAGCGGCAGAAGCUCGAGAAAAACAAGGAGCGCUAUGAAGCAGCCAUUCAACGGUCAGUGAAGAAGACAUGGGCCGAAAUCCGGCAGCAGCGCUGGUCCUGGGCAGGGGCCCUGCACCACAGCUCUCCAGGACAUAAGACCAGUGGGAGCAGGUGCUCCGUGUCGGCAGUUAACCUGCCCAAACACGUGGACUCUAUAAUCAACAAGCGGCUCUCAAAGUCCUCUGCCACGCUCUGGAACUCCCCCAGUAGAAAUCGCAGCCUGCAGCUGAGCGCAUGGGAGAGCAGCAUCGUGGAUCGUCUGAUGACGCCCACCCUCUCCUUCCUUGCUCGGAGUCGCAGCGCGGUCACACUGCCCCGCAACAGCCGGGACCAGGCCGUGCCGGUGUGCCCGCGCUCGGCCUCCGCCAGCCCCCUGACGCCGUGCAGCGCCCCCCGAAGCGUGCACCGCUGCGCCCCCGCCGGUGAGCGCGGGGAGCGCCGCAAGCCCAGCGCCGGGGGUAGCCCUGCUCCCGUGCGCCGCCGGCCGGAGGCCUCGCCGGUGCAGAAAAAGGAGAAGAAGGACAAGGAGCGGGAAAACGAGAAGGAGAAGAGUGCCCUAGCGCGGGAGCGCAGCCUCAAGAAGCGCCAGUCACUGCCUGCCUCCCCGCGCGCCCGCCUCUCGGCUGGCGCGGCCUCUGAGCUCAGCCCCAAAUCCAAGGCCCGGCCAUCCUCUCCUUCAACAUCCUGGCACAGGCCUGCCUCCCCCUGCCCCUGCCCAGGGCCAGGCCACACUCUGCCUCCAAAGCCACCGUCCCCCCGAGGCAUCACUGCAUCCCCCAAGGGACGGGUUCGGAGGAAGGAGGAGGCAAAGGAGAGCCCAAGUGCUGCAGGGCCCGAGGACAAGAGUCAGAGCAAGCGCAGAGCCAGUGACGAGAAGGAGCCAGCAGCCCCAGCCUCACCGGCACCCUCGCCGGCGCCCUCGCCCACCCCAGCCCCGCCCCAGAAGGAGCAGCUCCCCGCGGAGACCCCUGCAGACGCUGCUGUCUUGACCUCACCCCCAGCCCCUGCUCCCCCGAUGACCCCUAGCAAACCGAUGGCCGGCACGACAGACCGAGAAGAGGCCACUCGGCUCCUGGCUGAGAAGCGGCGCCAGGCCCGGGAGCAGCGGGAGCGAGAGGAGCAGGAGCGGAGGCUGCAGGCAGAAAGGGACAAGCGAAUGCGAGAAGAGCAGCUGGCGCGGGAGGCCGAGGCCCGGGCGGAGCGGGAGGCGGAGGCCCGGAGGCGGGAGGAGCAGGAGGCGCGAGAGAAGGCGCAGGCCGAGCAGGAGGAGCAAGAGCGGCUGCAGAAGCAGAAAGAGGAGGCCGAAGCUCGAUCGCGGGAAGAGGCAGAAAGGCAGCGUCUGGAGCGGGAAAAGCACUUCCAGCAACAGGAGCAAGAGCGGCAAGAGCGAAGAAAGCGUCUGGAGGAGAUCAUGAAGAGGACUCGGAAGUCAGAAGUUGCUGAAACCAAGAAGCAGGACAGCAAGGAGGCCAACGCCAACGGUUCCAGCCCAGAGCCUGUGAAAGCUGUAGAGGUUCGGCCCCCAGGACUGCAGAAGGAGGCUGUGCAGAAAGAGGAGCCUGCCCCACAGGAACCUCAGUGGAGCCUCCCAAGCAAGGAGUUGCCAGGGUCCCUGGUAAAUGGCCUGCAGCCCCUCCCAGCACACCAGGAGAAUGGCUUCUCCCCCAAGGGACCCUCUGGGGACAAGAGUCUGGGCCGAACACCAGAGGCACUCCUGCCCUUUGCAGAGGCGGAAGCCUUCCUCAAGAAAGCUGUGGUGCAGUCCCCGCAGGUCACAGAAGUCCUUUAAGACGGGUUGCCUUGGAUCCGGGCACAGCUUCGAGGGCUCCUCUGCAUCACCUACCAGGAUGUCAGGAGGAGAAAAAGACAGAACAAAGAUAGAAGUGGCCUGGGCCCCUGGGGAUGGGUCCUCUCUGUUGUUUUUAAUCUGCACCUUAUAGACUGAUGUCUCUUUGGCUGGAGCCAGAUCUCCCCCCAGUGCAUUCGUGUGCUCGCACGCGCGGACAUCCCCUCUCCCCCAUACACACACAUACACUCACAGCCUCUCUGGCCUCUUCCCUUGGGGAGGGGCCACCUGUAGUAUUUGCCUUGGUUUGGUGGGGUACAGUGGAUGUGAAUACUGUAAAUAGCUUGUGCUCAGACUCCUCUGCGUGGAGAGGGUGGGUGCAGGAGGCAGACCCUCCCCCCAAAGCCCCCUGGGGAGAUCUUCCUCUCUCUAUUUAACUGUAACUGAGGGGGAUCCCAGGUCUGGGGAUGGGAGACACCUUGGGCCACAGGAUACUGGUUGCUUCAGGGGUACCCAUGCCCCCUGCCCUCGCCUGGAAUCAGUGUUACUGCAUCUGAUUAAAUGUCUCCAGAAAUAAAGUGAGAAUAAUUCUGCCAA